CCGCUCUCUGUUUCUCUCGCACACGCACCUACCUCUCUUCAGAUCUGACUGGUAUCUCAUUUCCCCCUUUCUAAUUCCAAACUCUCUUUUUGUUUCUUAUUUCAAUUUUCAAUGGGAGGAGUUGAAGUUCUUCAUCCACAAAAUUUGUUGAAAGAUCGAUUCGCUCACCACCCAUCUCGUCAUGGCUCAAUUCAGUCCCCUGUGAAAUUCCAGAAAAAAUCCAAUAUUUCUCCUAACCCUAAUCCUAACCCUAAUUCUUGUACGGCGAAAUCAAAUCGGCGGAAGAGAAUUCAACAGAAUACUUCCAACAAUCGAUAUUGUUCUACCUCACCUCCAAACAACCACACCCUGGUAAUGGGGCAGGUUAAGAUUUUGAAACGCGGAGAAGUGUUGACCAAAGAUCUGAACGAGGGGAACAAUAAAGUGGCUGCGGUUGACGAUUUGAUGGUUCUUUCAGCGACGGAUCGUCUGGGUCCGGAGCCGGAUGUGAUUCCAAACCAGAUCCGGGUCCUGAACUUCUACGCUGGUUCGGCUAUCAUUUCAUCGCCUCCCCCCAGUUGUCUUCCGAAACCAGUGUUUUUUAAGAAGAAAAACCUUGACAGCAACAUUGAUGACGCCACCAGUGACUUGCGAAGGAUUCUCAGGCUCGAUCUGGAUUGAAUUUAAACUUAUUUGGUUUGAUUAUUGGCGAAUAACUUCCCUUAUUUUUUCAAGGGGAAAGUCGAAUUCGGAAGCGGUAGAUUGUUUUUUUAUUGUUAUCCUUUUUAAGUAUGGCCGUAUAUUUUCGUGGAUUUAAAAUAUGGGUUAUUCAGUAUGCUUGUGCUGGGAUAUUAGGUUUUAAUGAAUUUUAAGUUAUGGAGUCGUAGGAUAGUUUGGAGUAUUACUAUUAUAAUGGAUUAGAAAUGUAGUAGUGUCUGGUAUCUUCUUCUGUAUUGGCGAAGCAGAGUUUUCUGUAUAAUGAAUUUUAAGUUAUGGAGUCGUAGGAUAGUUUGGAGUAUUACUAUUAUAAUGGAUGAGAAAUGUGGUAGUGUCUGGUACCUUCUACUGUAUUGGCGAAGCAAAGUUUUCUGUAUAUGAUUAUGAAGCUCCCAUUUCCUUUAUGUACUAAAUCCAGUUUUCUUGUGUUUU